AAAAAGAAGCCUGGAUCGUUGCGAUUCGUCUAUAAAAUGGUUGGGCCUUUUCUUUUUCCCUUCCAUAUUCACACAACGAAACUCAAAACAAAAGGACCUCUAAAACUACUCUUCUUUUGUUUACUCUUCAUUCAGAGCCUCUACGAAACCCAGCUUUUCUUCUCUCCAUACCCAAAUUCCCACAGAAGGCACAAUCUUUCAUGGUUAAACUUAGACCCGUCUUAGACAUUUCUUGUUGGGAAAUUUUCACUCGCGAGGCUUAAUUUAUAGUUUGUCUGAUUGUCUCUGAGGGGUAGGAUUUUUGUUUCUGGGUACUUGGAAUGGACUACAAUGGCUCCGACAGCAGCGGUACUGAUGAUGAUCUUCGUCCAUCUCAUCAAAACAGAAUUCCAAGGGGGAGUAGAGUCUCAGGGAACGAAAGGCCUGCUGUAACUUCUACCCCAUUCCCUAGGAUGUACAGUGACAUGGAGGCCCAAAUUCACCACCUUGAGCAAGAAGCAUAUUGUGCAGUCCUACGUGCUUUUAAAGCUCAAUCUGACGCCCUUACUUGGGAGAAAGAAGGUUUGAUAACGGAACUCAGGAAAGAGUUGAGAGUUUCGGAUGAUGAACACAGAGAACUACUUACGAGGGUUAAUGCUGACGACAUAAUCAGUAAAAUAAGAGAGUGGAGAAAGUCAGGGGGAAAUCAAGUUUCCAGGCACAAUACCUCGCAGGCUGCCUACGAUGUCGUACCUAGUCCUGUUUUGUCAUCACGCAAGAAACAGAAGACAAUCCCAUCGGGUCACCAGUUUCCAGGUUUACCCUCGACGAAAUCCAUGCAGUCCCCAACAGGACCUGUUAUGAGUAGACCAUUCAUGAAUCGCAGUAACUCUGUUGUCCGUGCUACAACGGAAUUUGCUGAUGCUUUAAAUCUUGACGCAUUAGUUGGAAGGAAACUGUGGACAAGGUGGCCUGAAGAUAACAACUUCUACGAGGCUAUUGUCACUGCUUAUAAUCCGGCAGAGGGGCGGCACGCUUUGAUCUAUGAUAUGAAUACAGCACAUGAGACCUUUGAAUGGGUUGACCUUAAGGAGAUCCCACCAGAGGAUAUCCAAUGGGAAGGUGAUGAUCCGGGUUUGCCUCAUGGAGGAGGCCAUGGUGGACAAGGACGUGGCUUUAAGAAGUCAUCAAGCCGAGGUGGUGUUGUUCCUGGUGCUGGUAGAGGGCGACCCGUGAAGAGUCAACCAAGGAAAGAUUUUCUUCCGGCACAAAAUGGGAAUGCACAGAGAGUUUCAGAUGAUAUUGAAUUACUUAACACUGACGCAUUGGUAAAGGAGGUGGAGACUGUUUUCAGCGCAAAUCAUCCAGAUCCCUUUGAGCUGGAAAAGGCAAAGAAAAUGCUGAAAGAUCAUGAACAAGCAUUGAUAGAUGCCAUUGCGAAGCUUGCAUAUGCAUCCGAUGGUGAAAGUGAUGGUGAGCAUCCAUCUCCGUACGGUCAAGCGAUCGAGAGAGAAUGAGGAAAGGAAUGUUAGUGUUGAAGACAAUCGCUAAAUUUGAGACUAGGAUGAGCUCAAGGGAAAAUGGUAGUUUGGAAGCUGGUUUUGAUAUUUGGCAGUAGAAGAGAAGUUUCCUGUGCACUAGGUAGUGGGUGAUAUUGCUAAUAAUAUAUCAUUUUUAUUGAUCUUAUUAUUUUGGGUGUCCAUCUCUUAAUUAGUCUGAUUUUGGAGAAAACCCCCAAUUUCUUUCUUUCUUUUUAUUGUUACACCUUUUAACUCUAGGACAAAACACUUGUAAAAAAGGAUCUUAUUGAGUGCCUAAUUUCCAUCA